AUGAAAGCUCCCCCCGCGCAAGACUGCGGUGCUAGGUUGACGCGCAUCAAUGCCACCAUCGAGACGGGAGUCUUGCUCGCUCAACCUACUUCGCCAUUUUUUGCCAGGGAUGUCGCCUCCGCGGCGAGUCAGCUUUCCAUGUACCUGCAGAGUCAAGUGUCGUGCCUCUCUACCAGAAUAUUUGCCAAGUCCGGGAAUGCAGUCGUUGGUCUGUAUGCCGCAGCAGGGAUCGGGAUGUCGUCCUUGUCAGCUCUCCUGGGUAGGUACGAGAGUCUGGCAACCAAGGGAGGCAAAAUUUUGCAGUUUUGCGAGGCCAAGGAUAGCGGAAAUAGGGCAGUAGGCAUCAUAGCGGCACCGCUUUCUGCCCUGGGAAGCGUGAAUGAGGCCGUCAACACAUGGGCCAACAGGGGCUGUCUCGAUUCAUCUGCUGUCUCGCAUAGCGCUCAUCUUGAUAUUCUCGUGCACGAAGCGCCUGCCUCUGAAAGUAUAUCCGAAUCGGACGGAAGCUACAGCACCAGCACCAAUGUCGAAAACUCUAGUGACAACUGCCAAAAGGCCGACCGCACAUACAGCACGGAGACGCCAUCAGCCGGUACCUACAUGAACUGGGAUUUCCUGAGUCCCCUGAGGGUCAAGAGCUCGGGAAGACAGUUCAUCACCAUCGUCAACCUGACGCCGCAUCGAUUCAAGUUGGUACACACCCACUCCUACCAGAUGGAUAGCUUCGACUUUGGAGAUGUACCGCAAGGCCAUGCCCGACAGAACCUCGCGCAUUACACGGAAAAGGCAGGCACCUUUCCCGUCGAUGACAACGGGGAAGCCUACUACAGCAUCGAUGGAACGGAUAAGAAGUUUACCAUCCGAGCCACGACACAUAUCCCGCACGCAUACCCUCGCCGUACAGUCUUUGACCUGACACGAAUGAACAUGGGCCAGCGCGAGUAUCUCGACCCGUCCCAGGAGGCUUCCGUGACCUUGGUCAUCACGGGCAGCAAUGAAUAUGGCUUCAUCACCUCCAUCCGACACGGGGCUGGGAACUGGAUGAGGAGCCUGUAUCAUGUCAUCAAGGAUCGUCAGCUGCAGCACGUGGUAAUGCCCGGCACGCACGACUCGGGAAUGAGCACCAUCAGCAACAAGAUCGUCUCCUUGGGUGUGGAGGCCAACACGCAGACUCAAGGGCUGAAUAUGUAUGACCAGCUUCGCACGGGCGCCAGGUGGUUCGACUUGCGCAUUUCCACCGUGCAUAAUGCGCCCUUUGAAGCCGACUAUGAUUUCUGGACGCUGCAUGUCAAUGACGAAAGGGCAGACAUUGCCGUUGGCAACUCAGGGGUGUCGCUCGACGACAUCGUUCGCGAGAUCAACCGGUUCACCAUGGAAAACCCGGGAGAGAUUGUCUUCCUGCGGGUCAAGUACCUCAUCGGGAUUCGCAAAAUCCCCAGCUUCGGCCCCAUAUACUGGACCGACGAGAUGGUGCGCGCCUUCUUUAGCAAGCUUAGGGGCAUACGGAACCGGUGUCCCCAUCUCGACGCUGCCGUUCCCUUUAACAGGCAAAAGGUGUCAUACUUUAUGGAUCAAAACGAAGGCAAAGGCUGCGUCAUCAUACUGCUCGACGGCCAGCUCACCAGCAGCGUACCCCAGGAGUCGAUCUCGGACGGCAUCUACAAGGCGUCGAGGAUGCGCUUCUGGGACAACUGGUCCAACAAAGCCGACACCCAGUCCAUGGCGCAGGACCAAGCGGCCGACUGGAAGACGGUGAUGCGAAGUGGCGACCCCGGAAACAGCGAUGACAGGUUCCUCAUCGGCCAGUGGCUCGUCAGUGCCGAUGCGGUGAAGACGACGGCGUUGACGAUUCAGAAAAUGGCCAUCCUCCCCACCAAUCCGGCGCUCUACUGGAUGGGGGUGAACAACAUGAGUCCCGAGCGCUGGCCCAACGUCCUCCUCAUCGACUACAUUGGUAUCGUCGUCAGGGACCAGACGGCUUGGAAUCAGCUCAGUGCGGAGAUGUAUACCUUGGCCAUCGGCCUGAAUCUGUACAUGAUCAGCGAGAACUGUGACAUCAGCCCGCGGAGGUCGCCCCUGCUGGCCAAGGCCAGGCCCAUGCCACUCUCGACCAACAAUGUUGUGACGGCGGCUCCCUGGAAUGGCAUCAUCUACGCCAACGGCACGGUCCAAGACUUUCCACCAAGAACGUCGCAUCCUGGCCGUACUCGCAUCCUUCAUUCAGGGACCAGGUUCCUCAACGGGACCGUAUUGACAAAGGAUGUGAAGAACCCGAAUCUUUCUCAGGCCAGCAUGUAA